AUGGACAGGGCCUCCCUUGUGGCCAGGUGCAGCUUUUACAUAUCAGGGGCACCUUUUACCAGUGAGAAGGUUGGGGAGGACUUCCCAGCCAUUUCAGGCCUUCUCCAGCACCAGGUCACUCCUAACAGUGAAGAGCCACACAGUGGUGGUGAAACUGGGGAGGCCUUUCACAGUGGAAAAAGUUAUCACUUGUUGGGUGAAUGUGAAAAAGCUGCCAGCCACAACCACAGAGUCAUUCAACAUCAGGGUAUCUGCUCUGGAGAAGGUCUUUAUGAGUGUAGGAAAUGUGGGAAAGCAUUUGGACAGAUCGUUAACCUCAUUCAACAUAGGAGAGUUCACACUGGAGAAAAGCCAUAUGAGUGCAGUGUUUGUGGGAAAUGCUUUAACCGCAACUUUUUCCUUCUUCGACAUCAGAGUGUUCACACUGGAGAAAAGCUGUGUAAGUGUAGUAUUUAUGGAAAGUCCUUCAGCCAAAGCUCUGCCCUCAUUCACCACCAGAUAGUUCACACAGGAGAAAAGCCGUAUACGUGUAGUGAUUGUGGAAAAUGCUUUGGCUACAGGUAUGUACUCAUUCAACACCAGAGAAUUCACACAGGAGAAAAGCCAUAUGAGUGCAGUGAUUGUGGUAAGUUUUUCAGACAAAGCUCUAGCCUCAUUCAAUACCAGCGAGUUCACAGUGGUGAGAGGCCUUAUGAAUGCAGUGAAUGUGGGAAACACUUUAUCCACAAAGUGUUGGAUAACACUGCAUCUGACCUCAUUGAACACCAGAGAGUUCACUCUGGAACUGGACCUUAUGAGUGUAAUGAAUGUGGGAGAUCUUUUUCCUGCAAAUCUAGCCUUCUUAGGCACCAGAGAGUUCACUGUGGAGAAAAGCCUUAA